GAACCUUCUACUAUAAAUUAUGUGCCUCCAACCAAACCUCCCUACCAACAUUCUACUCUUCACCUUCUCUCUCUUCCUCUCUGUUUCACACCAAAGAAAUGCACAUUAAAAUUCUUUUUCCUCCCUGCAUCUUACUUCUUCUUUUGUUCUCACUACCAUCUUUCAAUGUUGUUGUAGGUGGAGAUGGUAACCCAUUUACACCCAAAGGUUAUCUGAUUAGGUACUGGAAGAAACAAAUCUCAAAUGACUUACCAAAGCCAUGGUUUCUUCUGAACAAGGCAUCUCCAUUGAAUGCUGCACAAUAUGCAACUUACACUAAACUUGUUGCUGAUCAAAAUGCACUCACCACACAGCUCCAUACUUUUUGCUCUUCAGCAAAUCUCAUGUGUGCACCAGAUCUGUCACCAAGUCUUGAAAAACACAGUGGAGACAUCCAUUUUGCCACUUACAGUGACAAAAACUUUACCAAUUAUGGAACCAAUGAACCUGGAAUUGGAGUUAACACUUUCAAGAACUACUCUGAAGGAGAAAACAUCCCUGUAAAUUCUUUCAGGCGAUAUGGUAGAGGUUCUCCCCGUGACAAUAAAUUUGACAAUUACGCCUCUGAUGGCAAUGUUAUUGACCAAAGUUUCAAUUCCUAUAGCACAAGUACUGCUGGGGGUUCAGGCAAAUUCACAAAUUACGCGGCGAAUGCCAAUGACCCCAAUCUGCAUUUCACUUCCUAUUCCGAUCAAGGAACAGGAGGUGUACAGAAAUUCACAAUAUACUCCCAAGAAGCAAAUGCUGGUGACCAAUAUUUCAAAAGCUACGGCAAAAAUGGGAAUGGUGCUAAUGGUGAAUUCGUCAGCUAUGGAAAUGACACAAAUGUUAUCGGCUCAACAUUUACAAAUUAUGGUCAGACAGCAAAUGGGGGAGACCAAAAAUUCACAUCUUAUGGUUUCAACGGCAAUGUUCCUGAAAAUCAUUUCACCAACUAUGGUGCUGGAGGUAAUGGUCCAUCUGAAACUUUUAAUAGUUACAGAGAUCAAUCGAAUGUUGGAGAUGACACAUUCACUACCUACGUUAAGGAUGCAAAUGGCGGUGAAGCGAAUUUCACCAACUAUGGUCAAUCAUUCAAUGAAGGUACUGAUGUAUUCACUACUUACGGCAAAGGGGGUAAUGACCCACAUAUCAAUUUCAAAACUUAUGGAGUUAACAACACUUUCAAAGAUUAUGUCAAAGAUACUGCUACAUUUUCCAAUUACCACAACAAAACUUCCCAAGUUUUAGCAUCGUUGAUGGAGGCCAACGGUGGUAAAAAGGUGAAUAACCGGUGGGUUGAGCCCGGAAAGUUUUUCCGGGAGAAGAUGUUGAAGAGUGGUACAAUCAUGCCUAUGCCAGAUAUAAAGGAUAAGAUGCCUAAAAGGUCGUUUUUGCCCCGGGUGAUUGCUUCCAAAUUACCAUUUUCUACUUCAAAAAUUGCUGAGCUGAAGAAAAUCUUCCACGCCGGUGAUGAGUCUCAGGUGGAGAAGAUGAUCGGCGAUGCAUUGAGUGAGUGUGAAAGAGCACCGAGCGCCGGUGAGACGAAACGAUGUGUUAAUUCAGCUGAAGAUAUGAUUGAUUUCGCAACAUCAGUAUUGGGUCGAAACGUCGUCGUUCGAACGACUGAGAAUACAAAAGGAUCAAAUGGGAACAUCAUGAUUGGAUCAGUCAAAGGAAUCAACGGUGGAAAAGUUACCAAAUCAGUAUCAUGUCAUCAAACGCUGUACCCUUACUUACUGUAUUACUGUCAUUCGGUUCCUAAAGUCCGGGUCUACGAAGCGGAUAUUUUAGACCCGAAUUCAAAGGUUAAGAUCAAUCAUGGUGUCGCGAUUUGCCACGUGGAUACAUCUUCAUGGGGACCGAGUCACGGAGCGUUUGUUGCACUCGGGUCGGGACCCGGGAAAAUAGAAGUUUGUCAUUGGAUCUUUGAGAAUGAUAUGACUUGGGCAAUUGCUGAUUGAGAAAAAAAAAAGGAAUCGAAAUAAUAUGCAAAAUUUCUAAUUCGGGUUGAACCGGGUGUGUUACAAGAAGAAGAAAAAAGGUACCACUGGUUUGACUUUUAUAGUAAUUAUUAUUAUUAAUCAUUAAUUAUUAUAGUCUUAAUUUAUAUUUUGAGUAAUUUUCGUGUAAGUUUCACUUUGCCUUCAUUAAGUAUGAAUGGCUAUCAAUUUACAUUAUUUGUUAUGUAAUCAUUUUAUUGUUGGCUCAUAUUUGAGCAAGGUAAUGUAGUUAUUGCUAGAUGA